CACGUAGCACAUAUUUUAAGCCAAUGGGCACUUGAGAACUCUCUGAAACUCCCCUGUUUAAGAGUUUUUACCUAUCCGUUUCUGAUCUCUAGAAGAAGAGACCAUGGAAACUCGUCCACUUUUUCGUUUAACCUUCAUCUUAUUCUUAAUUAUACUUCUUUUCACAUUUUCAUGGUACUCUUUAAACCUACCGGUCGUCUCUGAUCCAUCUCAAUCAUCUUCAUGGCUGUGCAACUCCAAGAGCAGAGUUUGUGCUCACUCGGGCUCAGUUUUGGAGAGCGAAAUUCACAAACCCAGAGACCACAUGGAAGAUUUCCCACACCAUCCCUUAGACCCAUUAACCAUGCGAGAAAUCUACAAGGUGCGGACCAUUCUCUCAACCUAUCCACCGUUAUUGCCUUCUUUCCCAGCUAUUCACUCACUAUCCCUUGAUGAGCCUCACAAGGAUUUGGUAUUGAAGUGGAAAGAAGGUGAUCCUCUCCCCCCCAGGAAAGCCCUUGUGAUUGCACUGUUGAAUGGUCAGUCUCAUGUGCUCUCUGUUGACUUGGAUUUGGGCCUGGUCACAAGCAACAAAAUCAACCAUGGCUCAGGUUACCCGAUGUUAAUGAUGAACGAUAUUUCGGUGGCAAUGCAAGUGGCUCUCUCUCACAAGGAGUUGAAUAAGUCUACCAUCAAACGUGGGAUCUCACUAUCGGAUUUAACCUGCGUCACUCCGUCAGCAGGGUGGUUUGGGCCGAAUGAGGAAGGAAGGAGGAUCAUAAAGGUCCAAUGCUUCUCAAACCAAGGCACACCCAAUUUCUACAUGAGACCACUUGAAGGGCUGACCAUGACAGUGGACAUUGACCAGAAAGAGGUGGUGAAAUUCACUGACACAGGCGGAGGAAUUCCUGUCCCAAAAGGUACAGACACUGAUUACCGAUUCAAGGCCCAGAAAGAGCCACCCAAGAUGAAGCCAAUAAAUCCAAUAUCAAUCGAGCAACCAUUUGGGCCUAGCUUUACAGUUGAAGAUGGGCACAUAGUGAAAUGGGCUAACUGGGAGUUCCAUCUGAAGGCUGACCAGCGAGCUGGCAUUGUGAUUUCACGAGCCAUGAUUAGUGACUCAGAGACCGGGGUCCCUAGGAGUGUCAUGUACAAAGGAUUCUCUUCAGAGUUAUUUGUGCCUUACAUGGAUCCUGACGAGAAUUGGUACUUCAAGUCAUAUAUGGAUGCUGGUGAAUUUGGUAUGGGAGCGACGGCAUUGUCACUUGUGCCUCUAAAUGAUUGUCCCAGGCACUCUUAUUACAUGGAUGGAAUAUUUGUGUCAUGGGAUGGGAAACCGUAUGUUCAGCCGAGCAUAAUUUGUGUGUUCGAACGUUAUGCUGGCGAUAUUAGUUGGCGGCACUCGGAGAUCCCGGUCAAUGGAUUCAAUAUUAGAGAGGCAAGACCAAAGGUGUCACUUGUUGCUCGAAUGGCAGCGUCGGUGGGGAACUAUGACUACAUAUUUGACUGGGAAUUUCAAGCUGAUGGUUUGAUCCAUGUUGCGGUUUCUCUUUCAGGGAUGCUGAUGGUGAAAGGCACUCCACAUCAAACUGCGGAUCAAAUACCUAACCAAGAAGCAGCUUCAGGCCCUUUAAUCUCGGAAAAUCUCAUCGGUGUUGUCCAUGAUCAUUUCAUUACCUUCCAUCUUGACAUGGAUAUUGAUGACACUAAUAACACAUUUGUUAAGGUUGAUCUAGUCAAGGAGGAGACCUUUCCAGGUCAAUCACCGAGGAAAAGCUACUUAAAAGCAAAACGAAACACAGCGAAAACAGAGGAUGAUGCACGAAUUAAGCUUAAGCUCUAUGAACCUUCAGAAUUUCAUGUUAUUAACCCUUCAAGACGGUCCAGGUUGGGGAAUCCAGCCGGGUACAAAAUCGUCCCCGGCGGGAAUGCAGCUAGCUUGCUUGAUCACCUUGAUCCUCCACAGCUAAGAAGUGCUUUCACAAACAAUCAGAUAUGGGUGACACCUUUUAAUCGGAAUGAACAAUGGGCUGGUGGACUCUUCACGUAUCAGAGCAAAGGAGACGACACCCUUGCUGCGUGGUCUAAAAGCAGGAACCGAGCAAUUGAGAAUAAAGAUAUUGUGCUGUGGUACACCCUGGGAUUCCAUCACAUACCGUGCCAAGAGGAUUUUCCUAUAAUGCCAACCGUGUCAUCGAGCUUUGAACUAAAGCCCGUCAAUUUCUUCGAAAGCAAUCCAAUUCUAAAGGCAGCACCCAUGUCUGAGGAGGACCUGCCAGUUUGCAGGCCAGCUACCUCUUCUUAAUCAGUUGUCGUUUGCUGCAUUUAUCCCUGUCUAUCUCACGUGAACAUGUUAUGAAACAUAUCUGAGUUUGUCGAUGCA